UGCCGGCUUGUCCGUGUCCCGGCGCGGCUUCUCACCCAGCGCGAUGGGCAAGAAGGGCAAGAAGGAGAAGGGCCGCGGUGCGGAGAAGACGGCCGCCAAGAUGGAGAAGAAGGUGUCCAAGCGCUCGCGGAAAGAGGAGGAAGACCUGGAAGCCCUCAUUGCACAUUUCCAGACGCUUGAUGCCAGAAAGACUCAGGUCGUGGAAACCCCAUGCCCCCCACCUUCACCAAGGUUAAAUGCCUCCCUCUCGGCUCAUCCUGAGAAAGAUGAACUAAUCCUUUUCGGAGGUGAAUAUUUCAAUGGCCAAAAAACUUUUUUGUACAAUGAGCUGUAUAUUUACCAUAUCAGAAAGGACACCUGGACUAAAGUCGACAUCCCCAGCCCCCCUCCAAGGCGCUGUGCUCACCAGGCUGUGGUGGUGCCUCAAGGAGGUGGACAGCUGUGGGUCUUCGGAGGGGAGUUUGCUUCUCCCGAUGGAGAGCAGUUCUAUCACUACAAGGACCUGUGGGUCUUGCAUUUGGCCACCAGAACCUGGGAGCAAGUCAAAUCAACAGGGGGUCCUUCAGGUCGGAGUGGACAUCGCAUGGUAGCCUGGAAGAGACAGUUAAUACUUUUUGGUGGCUUCCAUGAGAGUAAAAGGGAUUACAUCUAUUACAAUGACGUGUAUGCCUUUAACCUGGACACAUUCACAUGGAGCAAGCUGUCCCCGUCAGGGACUGGGCCCACACCCAGGUCAGGCUGCCAAAUGUCCAUCACUCUACAGGGAAGCAUCAUCAUUUACGGGGGCUACUCGAAACAGAGAGUCAAGAAAGAUGUGGACAAAGGCACCCAGCACUCAGAUAUGUUCCUGCUGAAGCCUGAGAACAGGCAAGAAGGUAAGUGGGUAUGGACUCGGACUAACCCUUCUGGAGUCAAGCCCACCCCAAGGUCUGGCUUUUCUGUGGCUGUGGCCCCAAAUCAUCAGAUGCUGCUCUUUGGGGGUGUCUGUGAUGAGGAGGAGGAAGAGAGACUGGAGGGUGACUUCUUCAAUGACCUGUAUUUCUAUGAUGCCACCAGGAACCGCUGGUUUGCAGGACAGCUAAAGGGACCCAAGUCAGAGAAGAGGAAGCGGCGGCAGGACAGGAAGGAGGAGCCCAAAGGCUCCAGCAUGCAGGAGAAAGGGGGAGCCAGUACCCUGGGGCCCCUGGAGGUGGUUAAAGAGGUGGUGGCUGAAGACGGGACUGUGGUCACCAUCAAGCAAGUGCUUGCGGCCCCAUAUCCAGUGGGACAGCCCCAGACCGAAGAUGAAGACAGUCCUGAGGACGCCAGUGGCCCUGUGGUCAAGCCAUGCCCUCGCUCCAAUGCCAUGGUGGCUGUGAAGCACGGGGUGCUCUACGUCUAUGGGGGCAUGUUUGAGACUGGGGACUGCCAGGUCACCCUCAGUGACUUGUACUGCCUUGACCUCCACAAGAUGGAAGAGUGGAAGGCUCUGCUGGAGAUGGACCCACAAACCCAGGAGUGGCUGGAGGAGACGGACUCGGAAGAGGACAGCGACUCAGAAGAGGACAGUGACGCGGUCGAGGGAGCUGAGGGUGGAGAGGACAACGAGGACAGCGGCGGGGAGGACGGAGGUGAGGCACCAGCACCCGGUGGUGGCGCCUGGGGAGCAGUACGUGGACUAUCUGCCCAGGACCAAGUAGUACUAGGUGAGGCUUGCCCAGCGCAGCGUGGGGCCCGACGUGUCAGAGAAGAAGGUGCUGAAAGCAGCCCAGGUCAUGGCAAAAUCCUUUGAUGCUUCUGUUUAAGGCACUGUUGCGAGCCAUAAGUAAAUUGUGUGGUUGAAUACCCUCAGUUUCACUGUGUUAAAUUUAAAAUAAA